AUGUCAACUUCAAGUGUAUCAGUGUCCUAUGCUGUGAGAACUGAAUUAUUUCGAAGUAAUAGGUUCAUUGGGCCGUUGAGAUUUCAUAAUUACAGAAGUAAGUGUGAAUUGAGUAGAAGGGAUGUUAUUUUUAAAGGAAUUGUUGCUGCUGGAGCUUCAGUAAUGGACUCUACUGUAGCUUCUGAACCGAAGGGCCAAGGUUUGGAAAAGUUACCCUUUAAACCGGAAGGAUAUAAUUACUGGAUGUGGCAAGGUCGAAAAAUACAUUAUGUAGUGGAAGGAGAAGGGUUGCCUAUUGUUCUAAUUCAUGGAUUUGGGGCUUCUGCAUUUCAUUGGAGGUACAACAUACCAGAAUUGGCUAAAAAGUACAAAGUCUAUGCUCUAGAUUUGCUCGGGUUUGGCUGGAGUGAAAAGGCACUUAUUGAGUAUGAUGCCUUGGUAUGGAGAGAUCAGGUUGUGGAUUUCAUGAAGGAGAUAGUUAAAGAACCUGCAGUUUUAGUUGGAAACAGUCUCGGAGGAUUUACUGCUUUGGUAUCGGCAGCUGCUUUGAAGGAUCAAGUCAAGGGAGUAGUAUUGCUAAAUUCUGCUGGACAAUUUGGGGAUGUCAGUAGUGGAACCAAUGAUCCUGAAGAAACAGCCUUGCAGAAAUUCAUGGUAAAGCCACUGAAGGAAAUUUUUCAGCGUGUGGUUCUUGGAUUUUUGUUUUGGCAAGCCAAGAAACGAGCACGCAUUGAAUCUGUCUUGAAGAGUGUAUAUAUAAAUGCCGAGAAUGUUGAUGAUUAUCUCAUUGAUUCAAUUACAAGGCCAGCGGAUGACCCAAAUGCAGGUGAAGUAUAUUACAGACUUAUGACAAGAUUCAUGUCAAACCAAAGAAAGUACACCCUUGACAGUGUCUUGAGCAAACUCUCUUGCCCAUUGCUACUUCUCUGGGGUGACUUGGACCCUUGGGUCGGUUCUGCCAAAGCUCUUCGAAUCAAGGAGUUUUAUCCGAAUACCUCCCUUGUAAACCUACAAGCAGGACAUUGUCCACACGAUGAAGUUCCAGAUGAAGUUAAUAAGGCUUUAUUGGAUUGGCUAUCAACUUUGACAUCUACACCUCCCCAAGCAGCAUAA